AUUCCAAAAAGAGCAGAAUCCAGAUCUGCUGGUUGACUGAUCUUCUUCGGGAGAAGAGGGAGUCACUGGACCUUUGGACAUCUGUGCGGGGGGGUUGGGGGGUGGGAGAGAAAAAUGCUGCCUUCCCAGGAAGCGUCCAAAAUCUACCAUGACAACUACAUGCGCAACUCCAGUGCCAUUGGGGUCCUGUGGGCGAUAUUCACCAUCUGCUUGGCCAUCAUCAACGUGGUCGUCUUCUUCCAGCCCUACUGGAUCGGUGACAGCAUCAGCACCCCCCACGCUGGUUACUUCGGCUUGUUUCACUACUGUGUGGGCAACGGGAACUCCAACAGGGAGCUCUUGUGCCAGGGCACCUUCACUGAAUUCAACGCCAUCCCGUCGGGAGCCUUCAAGGCGGCCUCUUUCUUCGUGCUGAUGUCUAUGGUGCUCAUCCUCACCUGCAUCGGCUGUUUCGCCCUCUUCUUCUUCUGCAACACCGCCACGGUCUACAAGACGUGCGCCUGGAUGCAACUGCUAUGCGCCUUGUGUCUGGUGUUCGGCUGUAUUAUCUUCCCAAACGGCUGGGACGCUGAGAUAAUCCGGGACAUGUGUGGAGAGGACACGGGGAGGUACACGCUGGGAAACUGCUCGGUGCGCUGGGCCUACAUCCUGGCUAUCGUCGGCAUCCUGGACGCUCUCAUCCUCUCCUUCCUGGCCUUCGUGCUCGGCAACCGGCAGAGCGACUUCCUGCAGGAGGAGCUGAGAGCAGAAAGCAAAGAUUUCACUGUGUCCAGGAUUGAAAUCCGCGACACCAAGGAUCCUAGAUUUGCGGUUCAUCGGUUCCACUGAGAACAAAACUUCCUCUCCUCCUCCUCUAGUCCCCUCCCUCGUCCCCAUCCUCCUCUUACUCCUCCUCCUCCUCUAAGUUCUUCAGGUUAAACCUUGAUCUGGACUUGGAAGAGGUCUUGGAGGCCUGAUAGUUUGUGAAAAAAAAGGACUGAAGUGGUAUCACCUUAGAAAGGAGAACUGUCUGUUGGAAGAGAAAUCCAGGACCAUCAGCUUUACCAAACUCUGGGAUCAAAAAUACAGAACACAGCGUUAUUGUUCAAAAUAAGUUGUUAUAAAAAAAGAUGAUGAAGUUAUUUAUUAUGAAAAAAUGCUUGCAGUCGGAGUAUAUAUAAAUAUUUUUACUGAGUGGUCAAAGUUAUGUCAACCUUUCAAAGUGACAUUAUAAAGUGCGUAUGAAAAAGCACACAAGGUGCUACUUCUGAAGAAAAAGAAACAAAAGAUGCACAAAGAUAAAAAAAAGAUGAUUU